AUGUCAUUAUUAUCAGGAAUAAUACUUAUUUUUGCUCUUCUUAUCUGUUUUCAUUGUUGGACACGUUUAUCUAAUAGAUUACCAUUAGGUUUUGUCUAUGUACAUGAUGUUAUACCAGAUAUACAAAUAAGUUUACGUUAUGCAAGUGAAGAAAAUUUUAUAGGACAUAUUAUUAAUGGUUAUUUAUCAAAUGUAUCAAUAAUAACUGAAGCAGCAGCUAUUGGUUUAAAACAAGCACAGUUAUUAGCAAAAAAAAAUGGUUAUGAAUUAGUUAUUUAUGAUGGAUAUCGUCCACAAAAAAGUGUUAAUCAAUUUGUAAAUUGGAGUCAAAAUUUAAAUGAUUCACAAAUUAAAAAAAAAUUCUAUUAUCCACAUAUUAAUAAAGAAGAUUUAUUUAAAUUUGGUUAUAUUGCUGAAAAAUCUGGUCAUACAAGAGGAAGUACAAUUGAUUUAACUUUAAUUUUACUCGGAAAAUAUGUACAAAUUCCUUUAAAACCAAUUGAAAGAAAUUUAACGGAUAAUUCAACAAUAUUCUAUUUAGAUGAUGGUACAAUUGAUAUGGGUUCAUCAUUUGAUUUAUUUGAUGAUGCAUCACAUACAAAUAGUACACUUGUUAACAAAAUUUAUCAAGAAAAACGCCUAAUGUUAAAAAAUCUAAUGGAACAAGCUGGUUUUAUUAAUUAUGAUCAAGAAUGGUGGCAUUAUACACUUAAAAAUGAACCAUUUCCAGAUACAUAUUUUGAUUUUGAUAUUGAAUCAUCAUGUUCAUUUAGAAAUCAAAAACAAAAUUAUUUUUCGAAACUUUUUAUUCUAUUCAUAAUUUCAUGUCAUUUCAAAUCGAUUGAUAUAUAA